AAAACACUCGCCAGUCUGUUGUUACGACGUGUGUAACGCUAAAGUGUCAUUUUGCGGUAGUGAGUACGAACGCACUCUUUUGUUCAGCUUCGGAAUGGCCGCUGUUUUUCACAGUGUUUUCUUUUUUUCCUCGCCUAAUAUUCAAUACGGGAACAGCGCUUAGACACUGUGUUGCAGUUAGUCGUCAGCUCGUGUGCCUUCAGUGGCUGCUCUGCAGGGAUUCAGGGUGCCUCCACCGGCUGCGCUCCUCGGGUGUCUGCUGCCCGAUUGCGCUCAGCUGGCUGCAGCAGAGGUUUCCCCUCUCGGUCGGACUCACGGCGGAUGGGUCGGUCCGCGUCCAACAACCGUUUUGCUCGGGCCUACACACACAGUUAGCUGUGUUUGAGAGAAAGCUAACCGCCGGGUGUGAAUAAAUGUGCUAGAAGAGAAGCCCACACCCUUUGCAACGCCUGAUAGCAAAUCUUCGAGGGAUUAAAAAAAACCUUGAUGACCUUUGCAGCCUGAAAGAACCUCUAUCCUGGGAUUGUAUGCAGUUCAAACACUUAAGCAUGUGGCCCAUGGAUGCCACAAUCCAGCUACUUCAAAGGAUUUUUUUUCCCAUGGCAUUUUAACAAAGGAACAAAGUAUCAAAAGUAUCCAAAAAAACCUUUGGAUCACAAGGCCUUUAUUUCAAGGAUAAUCAUAAAUGUGUGGGCCUUCACAGGGAUGUUUUCUUUAAAAGCCUCCUUGCCUGUCUGUGUCUCUUAUUUCCCAAAUAAGUAACCUGACAAGAGAGACUCCCAUGAGCAACUCUGCAGGAGGCCCGAUAACGUCGACAUGAGUAGUACUUUAGGCAAAGAAAAAGAUUCGAAAGAGAAGGACCCCAAAGGUGGUCCAGCGGGGAAAGAAAGGGAAAAGGAAGCCAAGGCUCUGGCCAGCUUAGUCAAGGAUGGUGGCAAAGAAACGAAGACCAAAGGGAAAGAUGCCAAAGAUGGAAAGAAGGACACCAGCAGCUCAACACCAGGUGUUGCCUUCUCUGUUGACAACACGAUAAAGCGGCCAAACCCGGCACCAGGUACACGCAAGAAGUCCAGUAAUGCCGAGGUGAUCAAAGAACUUAACAAGUGCAGGGAGGAGAACUCAAUGAGACUGGACCUAUCUAAACGGUCCAUUCACAUGCUGCCCACCUCCAUUAAGGAGUUGACGCAGCUGGCUGAACUCUACUUAUACAGCAACAAGCUGCAGAGCCUGCCAGCUGAGGUGGGUUGCCUAUCAGGCCUGGUCACUUUGGCCUUGAGUGAGAACUCCCUGACCAGUUUGCCUGACUCCCUCGACUCCCUUAAGAAGCUUCGCAUGCUCGACCUCCGGCACAACAAGCUGAGAGAGAUACCCGCUGUCGUCUACCGGCUGACAUCUCUGACCACGCUGUACCUGCGCUUCAACCGUAUCACAACAGUAGAGAAGGACAUCCGAAACCUAUCCAAGCUCACUAUGCUCAGCAUCCGUGAGAACAAGAUUAAACAGCUGCCUGCAGAGAUAGGGGAGCUAUGCAACCUUAUUACUCUGGAUGUUGCCCAUAACCAGUUGGAACACCUACCAAAAGAGAUUGGGAAUUGCACACAAAUAACCAACCUCGACUUGCAGCACAAUGAGCUCUUGGACCUCCCAGAGACUAUAGGGAAUCUGGCCAGCAUAAAUCGUUUAGGUCUGAGAUAUAAUAGAUUGUCAGCCAUCCCCAGAUCUUUAGCCAGAUGUCGAGAACUGGAGGAGCUAAACCUGGAAAACAACAACAUUUCAGUGUUGCCAGAGGGCCUACUUUCAAGUUUGGUGAACCUGACAAGUCUAACACUGGCGAGGAACUGCUUCCAGUCGUAUCCUGUUGGUGGACCAUCCCAGUUCUCCACCAUCUACUCCCUCAACAUGGAGCACAACCGUAUCAACAAGAUCCCGUUUGGUAUCUUCUCCAGGGCCAGAGUGUUAAGCAAGCUUAACAUGAAGGACAACCAGUUAACGUCUCUGCCAUUGGACUUUGGCACAUGGACUAGCAUGGUCGAGCUUAACCUAGCCACUAAUCAGCUGACAAAGAUCCCAGAGGACGUCUGUGGUCUAGUCUCUCUGGAGGUGUUAAUAUUGUCCAAUAAUCUUCUCAAGAAGUUGCCACAUGGUAUUGGGAAUUUGAGAAGGCUACGAGAGCUCGACUUGGAGGAAAACAAGUUGGAAUCUCUACCUAAUGAAAUUGCUUAUCUUAAAGAUUUACAGAAAUUGGUGUUGACAAAUAAUCAGCUGACUACAUUACCCAGAGGCAUCGGCCACCUCACCAACUUGACUCAUCUGGGUUUGGGAGAGAACCUGCUGCAACACCUUCCUGAGGAGAUUGGUACACUGGAGAACCUGGAGGAGCUGUACCUCAACGACAACCCCAACCUGCACAGCCUUCCGUUCGAGCUGGCCCUCUGCAGCAAGCUGUCCAUCAUGAGCAUCGAAAACUGUCCCCUCAGCCACCUGCCACCCCAGAUUGUCGCGGGAGGCCCCUCCUUCAUCAUCCAGUUCCUCAAGAUGCAGGGACCAUACCGUGCCAUGGUCUGAGCCAAGAGCAGCUCAGUCCCAGUCCUACUUAACUCCAAAAACCUUCCACUUGCUCUGCACCCUCUCGCCUGCCGGCCCCCAUUACGUGUAUCAUACACUGUAAAGAAAACAGACUCACCACAAUCAGUGUCGGGGGGGGGGCAAAUGAAAGGAGGAGGAAGAAGAGGAAAACAUUUCUUGCAUUAUCCUCGGCCAGAAACAAGGUGAAUCUUUGGAGACUUGACUUCUGAGUUGCUCCACAGUCGAUCACGGUCGUUUUAGGACCCCAGCCACCCCCCACCACCGCACAUCUUUCAUUCCGAAUCAUACAAGAGGAAAAUAUUUCCAUCUCUUUGCCAAAACUGAAGAUAUAUAAAGUUAUAUAUAUUGAGUAACUGUGAGCUAAGUGGCAAGUCUUUUAACCAUAUAAACCAUGCUCCCAUUGCCAAUGUAUUUACAGUAAUUACAAGCAUCUAUUAUGUGAGCAAGGAUACAAUUGUAUGCAAAAACAAACAAAAAAGUCUUUUGAACUUCACAUUUACUGCUGCUGCCGUAAUUUUAACUGUCAUCUUGUUAUAUUUUCUUUUGAUAUUCCCUUUUUUAUCAUCUUCCUCAAGAUAACUUAUGUUAAUUGCUUCUUGACCAUAGAGAACAAAGGUCUAAUGAUGGUGUGUUUAUAAUUUUGUAUUUUUUAUUUUUACCUUUAAUGUUUUUUUUUUGUUUUUUUUUAAACUGUGCCUAUGUUUAGAGUGAUCCAGUGGUUCAUUUCUAAACACAAUUGUCCAUGAGAAUACAAAGAUAUAAAUUAUUUCAAUAAUUCUUUUUUUUUUUUUUUUUGGUUAUACUGCUGUUUUUACUUUUUUGUGUUUCUUUUUGCUGUUGCAUUAAUCUGUAAAAGCAGGCGAUAUCAGUUGUAAAAUAGGGUGAUUGGAGAUCUUUUUAACAAAUAGCAGCAGCAGUUGUUCAACAUUAAGCUAGUAAUGUAUACAUAUGAGAAAUGCCAAUCAUACAUGCUUGGAGAAAAAAAAGCAAGUUGGACUCACAGGUGGUGCUGUGACGCCCAUCUAUAUUGCUUUUGUGUGACAAAAAGGUAUUGAAAAAAGUCAAACAUGCAUAGGUAAUGGGAUAUAUGAUAGGAGAUGUUUUUAUAUAUGUAUACAAAUUCUGGUUGUUGCCUUGAGUGCAAUUUUUAGUUAUGUUUACUUGUUUGAUAUUAUCUUCAGUGUUGGGCUGCAUAGCUGUCAUCCAGUUGAUCAUUGACCAACAUAUCAAGCGUUUUUAAAAAGACGUUAUCUGGGUCUCUGGAGCAAGUGGUGAGUGUAUCAGAACUUCAAACAAGGUUUGAUAAUAAAACAUUGACAGGUAAAUUCUUCUUGACACUUCUUUUUUUGUUAAUAACCUUAAUUUUUCUGCAGUUGUUUUGUUUGUUUUUUUAACAGGGCCUCCCAAGAAUCUUGACUACAUGAUGAAAGUUCCCUUGAUUUAGAUUUUUUUUUUUUUUUUUAAAUAUAUCCUCUUGUCCCACACUGUCCUAGCGAUGCUGCUGCUCUUAUGCACUUUUUAAAAAAAAAAAGACAUUGGCACCCUCUUUAUUAAGACAAAAACACAGUCGCCUCUCAUUGGUUAUUUUGAAUGGGGGCAAUUUUGUUUCAUAAAUAAGUAUUUUAUCAGUUGAAGGGUUUAUCAUGUAAAUUUGUAACAAUUAAAUAUAACUGUUGAGUUUUACGGGCUCAGAAUAUACUAGUAAUUUUCUCUGGGGGAAGUUUUAUCCUGUCAAACUGUAAAAGGGUCUGUGUGGCUAUGAUAUGGUUUAAAAUUCCCAUAUCCUGCUUUCUCCAUCGCAAAUGAAAUGGCUCAUUGCAGAUCAGCAUUGUUUAUUUUAAAUCAAUUUAAAUUGAGUGUUUUCUUUUUCCUAAAUGAUGAAAUAUUGUAUUCAGUUAGUAUUAUUUCAAGUGACUGUACAUUAAAAGUCCCAACAAAAGGUAAUCAAACCAAACAUUUUUUUCAUUUUGAAAAACGCCAACUCUAUAUUCAAUCAUGAUUCUGUUUUGUAUUGAAAUGUGUGGGUCUACUAUUUCUUUGCAGCAGCUUGGUGUGUUUUUUGUGUGGGCUGUGGUCUGGUCUCCUCCACAGGAGGCCCUGAGUGAUGAGCGCGCCACAGCUCACCUCUGCUGUGGGGUCGGGGGUACUGGGGGUGGGGGAAACAAUGUACCGCUGCUUCUAAUUUACCAGCAGAACCUGUUGCUGCUUUUUUGUGGACUGAAACAUAUGCUGUACAAGACAGGGUGGGGUGGGGAAGCAGGGAGCCUGGGGGAGAGCAGGAGGUGGGAAACGAUCCACUCCCAACACUGAAACAGACUUCACUCGGAAAAAAAGAAAAAAAAACCUGAUGAGGGACAAAUCCACUGACCUUAUCGAUUUGGCCCGGUGGUUUUCUCACAGAUCAAAUCGUUUGGACACAACGAUGAGACAACACAACAAGGUGCAUAUUUGAGCUUAACGCAGUUACAGUACAAGACUGUCGGAAAAAGACAAAAAAAAUUGUAAAAAGGGCUUUCUGUGUUCAUGCUCAACAACACACCGGAGGCAUUGCAUUCCUGGGUUUUAUAUAAAAGCUUUGGAAGUUUUUUUUGUGUAUUUUAUUUACUUUUAGCUGUAAACAAUUGUGUGAAAUAUGCCUUCAAUGAGUACUCAAAGGUGAGAUGUGCAUUAGGUAUGCAGCAUGAGUGCUGUGACCCAUUUUUACAUUCAGUCUCUUCUGUUUUUACGUUUUUCAUGUGCCAUUCUGCAAGGUUGAAAAUGUCAGUGUAUGAAGCUGCAGAGGAUGAUGAUGAUGAUGAUGGUGGUGGUGGUGAUGGUGGUGUGGGUGUGUGCAGAAACUGAACUGGGCUAACUGACCAGAGAGCAUUUAUCAGAUCCUGGAAUGUAGUUUUAAUGUGCUGUGGAAGAGAUGGAGAUCACCGACUCACCCGUUCAGUUGAAGGUGUGACCUGCGAUGACGACGUAUUGCAUACUGGUGCAUCCAGAAAUAAUGGGAGUAUAAUUGGUGUUUAUUUUUCUAUUGUCUGUGAUUUUAGGCCAUGGAGAGCAUCGCAGAAGUCAAAGUCAUUUCGCACCUUUUCCUACCUAUUUUAUUUCCCCCUCUGGAUCAUACAACGUGUCUUUUUCUUGCCUGGUUAUUUUGUACAGGAAACAAGCAUGUUAAACACAUAUUUGACAUGAUUUGUCUGGGUCAGAAUCGGGCGUUUUUGCAUAGAGGACUUCGAUUUAGUGGCUAUUUGGUGUAUCUGCAAAUGCUCCCUUUUUGUAUAUUGCAAAGGGUAUCGAAGCAUUGUGUGGCAAUGCUUAUCCUACUUAAUCUACAUUGACAAGCAGCCUUAAUGGUCUUUUUUUAUGUGUUUGUUUGGCUAUUCCUUGUGUCUAUGGCCACUGACUGUACUUGAUGACAAGCAACUGGUCAUUACAAUGUAAAUUUGGGUCUAGUUUCUUUCUGUCUUAUUUUUUCCUUUUACUCUGUACAGUAAUCUGACAUUACGGUAGACUCAGUAUUACAAAAUCUGUAAUGUGAUGAGAGUUUUACAAAAAGACUAAAGAGUGCAAUGGAAGAUAAUGCCAUUAUGCUACCCAAGUGGAUGUGCAUUAGCUUGCGUCUCACUUGUCUUUGGCAUUAAAGGGGAAUUCCACCAAA